AUGCCCCUGGACGGUGUGAAAAACAUUGUGCUGGUGCUUUCCGGCAAGGGAGGCGUAGGCAAGUCCUCGGUCACUCUCCAAUUAGCGUUAGCACUCUCCCUGCAGGGAAAAUCCGUCGGGAUUCUCGAUAUCGAUUUGACGGGCCCCUCCAUUCCCCGACUCGUUGGCCUCGAGGAUGCAAAGAUCACUCAAUCGCCUAAUGGCUGGCUCCCAGUACCAGUUCACGAUGCUGUCUCUGCAUCUUCAAACUCCAUUUCUCCAUCCUCUUCAUCACCAAAGGCCCGUGGUUCUCUCCGCUGCAUGUCCCUCGGCUUCCUUCUCCGCGACCGCGGAGACGCUGUCAUCUGGCGUGGUCCCAAGAAGACCGCCAUGAUACGGCAGUUCCUAUCAGAUGUCUCGUGGGGUGAGACAGACUAUCUUCUGGUGGAUACGCCGCCAGGCACGAGCGACGAGCAUAUUGCGCUGGCUGAGCAACUCCUCACUCUUUCCAGUACAGAUGCUGCUGUUGCGGCCCAGAGCAAUGUGCCCCGGCUCACCGGCGCAGUGCUAGUUACAACCCCGCAGGCGGUGGCUACGUCUGAUGUUCGCAAAGAAGCCAACUUCUGUGUCAAGACCAGCAUUCCCGUUCUCGGUGUCAUUGAGAAUAUGUCGGGCUAUGCGUGUCCGUGCUGCGGAGAAGUGAGCAAUCUCUUCUCCAGUGGUGGUGGAGAGGUCAUGGCGCAACAGCUGAAUAUUCCCUUUAUGGGACGCGUACCUGUGGACGUGAAGUUCGGGGAAUUAGUUGAAGGGAAGAUGGAGUCAGAAAGUGAUGACGAAGACGAAGUCGAGGCACAGCAAGACAACCAAGUGGGAGAGCCCACGGAGCCGGACUCGAGACCUCUUGUUGAGCGGUAUAGCGAAGGCUGGUCGUAUCCUCGAUUCCAAGAAUUCGCGCAAAGUAUAAUCACAGGUGUCCAGACAACAAAU